AUGUCAAAAAAGACAAAAACAACUAUUGCCUUGGAUGUUAAGUUGAAUUUAACACCACCAAAGCGAAAAAAAAAGCUCCAAAAGAGCAAAUGUAUGCUUAAAUGUAAACUUGAAAAGGAUGAACCCAGCAUCAGGUUUAGUAAAAAGUCGCGAGAAGUUGUUUAUCGAGCUGCACAGCUUCGGAAUGAUGACACUGUUAUUGCCAUCCUUGAUUCUUUUGGGGAAGAGCUACCUUCAGUUGAUUAUGGAUAUCACAGGAAGUGUUAUCAGAAAUACACCAAUAAGAGGCUUUUAGAAAAGUUGAAUGAGGAAGUCAUCGAGCCUGAGGAAACAGUUCAAACCGUUGAGCUUGAAGCGUCGACAUCGGCCGAGAGUAUCCUGCAGACUCCAUGUACUUCGUCCAGAAAGAGAGGUCGUCAAGGUAUAAUUAUUGCGUUUUAUUCUAUAAAAUAUAGUGCUUUAUAGAGAUUUUGAGCACUGAUAAAAGUGAUAAUCUCACAUGUGGGAUUAUUCAUGAUAAUUUCACAUAUGAAAAUUAUCGCUUUUCAGGAAAGAUUAUCGCUUUUCAAAGACUGUCCUUUAACCCAUUAAGCGCCAGCACUCUCCCCUUGACGUCUGGCGUUAGACAGAGUAAAAUGCUAAAGUAGGGUGCAUCAGGGUGCAAUGCGACUCAAUGGGUUGAUAUAAUAAACAGAAAAAUACAUGGGUGCUUGGAAAUACCAGAUUUAUUUCUCGUAUUGAACAUGAUAUAUCACUCGUUCGCUGCGCUCACUCGUGGGAUAUCAUGUCCAACACUCGAAAUAAAUCAGGUAUUUCCGCGCACUCAUGUAUUAUUCUCUAUAAAUAUCGUGUAUAUAGAGAGAAUAUUACAUGGUUGCGAGGAAAUAUGAAAUUUAUUUCGAGUAUGGAACAGGCCCGUAGCUGAGGGGGGGCCUGGGGGGGCAAUGCCCCCUCACUCGGUGGGGCAUUGUUGUGUGAAAAUGUACCUUAACAGUGAUAUCGUCGUCAUAUAGGUAAAAUUUUGGCUGAUCACGAGUGCUGCAUCUGUGGAACGAAAAAGACUGCGCGAACUGGAAGUGGAUAUGAGCCGUUGACAAAAUGCGUAACGGAAAAUGGCGCAGAAACAUUAAUGCAACAAGCAGAAAAAGAUGACGAGUAUCCUUCUUUACGUGCAGAAGUUGCUGGUGUCGAUUGGCAGACCAUAAUAGCAAGAGAAUACUACUAUCACAAAUCUUGUUACAAGAAACUUGCCAAGAAACGAGUACACUGGCAAAUCAAAAAUGGGAAGACACAACGCUUGAGGAGAAAACAACAGAAGUCGCGCGAGAAAUCCGAAAGGAGUUAUUAG